GCUCCGUACUCAACAUGUUGCUGACGUCUUCACUUCCGCCCGUUCUGCUUCCUGACAUUGGCCAUUACAUUGCAGCCGAACAGCACAAUGUCUAAUUUCACCGUGAGGCAAAAUGUCACCCUGCUCUGUCUCUCCCUCUCUGCUUUCCGUUUUGUUCAGAUUCAGGCUGCCCGACUCCCAGUGAAUGGGUCCCUGGGUCAGUCAGUCUCCCUGUCCAUGGGGAUCUCACACGGAUCGAAGGUUUACGAGGUUGAAUGGAAGCGACUUUCAUCUAAAUACAGAAUAGUGAGAUGGACAAAUGGGAUCAUUAAAUAUUUUGAAGCAGAGGAGUUCAAGAAACGAUUUAAACUUCAUCCAGAGGAUUUGAGUCUGCAGAUCAGUGAGUUACAGAGAGAGGACACUGGGGUCUAUGAGGUUUCUGUUGUUCUAGAUUCAGGAAAGGAAUCUUCACAGACGGUACAACUGGACGUGUACGAGUCUGUGACAGGAACAAGCAUCACGAUUGAUCAGAACAGGAGGAACUGCAACAUGACCCUGACCUGCUCAGUGAACACAGGCAAUCAUGUCAGCUUCGGAUGGUGGAGGGGAAGUGAAGCAUUGAGAAACGACAGCACCCAUCAUCGUUCCAAAACCGGAGAGGAGUUACAGCUUUAUUUCACUGGGGAGCCCAAGGACAGUGUGUACAGGUGUGAGGCCAGGAACCCAGUCAGUGAGGACACUGCACAGAUCACACUGAGAGACGUCUGUAACAUAACUGUAAACGAUUCAUCAAAACUCUCAUCUGUCAUUGUGCCUGUUGUACUACUCAUCAUAUUCUUCCUACUAUUGGUCUCUGUAUUUCUCUAUCUCUACAUCAGACGAGCUGGCAAGAAUGGAAUGUUGCGUUUUGGUAAAGCUUCGAAAGAGCAAAGAGACACACAGGAUUCGAAGGGCGAGCCACAGACCGUUUAUGCUCAGGUGCAGCCCCCAGUGAAGAGAGUGCGAGAGAAUCGCCCUUCUCCUGAAGGAAAUGAGAUGCUUCCAAAGCAGGUGGAGAGCCCUGAGUUACCAUCCACAGUCUAUGAUAUGAUCAGGAACACUGGAGUCCCAAUCCCUGAACCACUGGAUGCAAAAUGUGAUUAAAUUCGAACCCAGUUCAAACCAGGAGAGGCUGAGAUCACUGCCUAGCCUGCACUGUCUGCAGUGAACACAGCCUGGGUCGGCAGGAAGGGAGGCUAUGGUUGGGUUUCAGCCUGACAACAUAAAAGAUUUCUCAGGAAGAUAGACAUAUAAUGUAAUGUGAAUUAAUUCUAAAAUAUAUGUGUCUGUGUAUGUGUGUCUGUGUCUGUGUGUGUGUAUGUGUGUCUGUGUCUGUGUGUGUGAGGCUUAAUGUGGAUUAGAGGCGGCUGGUCUGAAGAUGUAUCAAAAGAUAAGCUAGGUUGUAAAUGUUAAGUAAGUAAACAUGGGGGAAGUUUAGGAUGUAAGGUGUUAAAAGGGUAUUUGCAUUUUUAAAUAAAUCAGACUAGAUUGUUUUCAAAGGAGGGGUGAAAUGUAUCACCUAGCCAGGUGAAGUUCAGGAACAGUGUGUUUAUUUUUCCCAAAGAUUUUUGGUAAAAUUGGUACUGUGAUAAUUUUUUAUGAUCAGGGCGGUAAAGUCCAAAGACAUAGUGAAACAAUGGGAAUUUGCAUUCACAGGGGAAAAUAUGUAUAAAGGAGAGAGGGCUGUGUGUAAGGGAGGCAUUUUAAGAUCUAACAAGUGUGAAAAGCCUUCAGCAUCUGUGCCUCAAGUUGCUAUCUACAACGGAUUGAAGUUAAGAAAACUCACUUUGAAUUGGAUUGUUCAGGGUAUCAUCAUUCUUUGCCUGGGUAUUUUAAAAUGUGUGUGUGUUACUGUUUCCUGAAUGAAAGUGUAACUGGGACUCAGAUUAAUUCAGGGAUUUAGAAGUUAUUAUAGGAGUAAUUUGUAGACAUACGUAUGUGCUUAAAAAUCAUUUUUCUUGUUACUAACUGUUUAAUUUAGUUUUGUAAUAAAAGCUGAGAGACUCA